UUAAUAAGCGAUCGGCCAUGUUUAUGGAUAUGGACAUUGGGCUUGGUGGUUUCCGUAUCAUUCUUCUUUGCCAAACGGUGUCGGAUUGGGGUAAAGUAUGAGCGUCUCCCUUGUAUAAAAUGGCGCCGUUCUCCCGCACCCAAUACCCUAGAAAGUGGGCGGGUUGUUUUCCGUUUUCUAGGCCGAUAACUUUCAAAAACUUCGAGUUUGCAGCGCGGGAGAAAACCAACGUUUUUUGAAAUCGAAAUACGGCUUCACCAUUCUCAGGAAUGGAGGAUCCCGAUAUGGAAUUGGAGAAAGCCAGACUCAUUAGCUUGGCGCUCGAUUUUGGUUUCGACGAGGAAUUGGCAAAGAAAUGUUUAGAUCGUCUGAUUUCUCUCUACGGUGACGAUGGCCGGGAUUUUAUCACUGUGGAGCACUGCGGUGAUGACUUUAUUGCUUCAAUGGCUGAAUCUAUGCAAGAAAAUGAGGACUGGGAUGAUUUAGAGGCUCUGGAAUCAGAAGCUUGUGGAACUUUGAGUGACUUGUUUAACAAAGAUAUUCCUAAAAACAAUGAAGGUGAAACUAGUCCACGUGCUGGAAGCCAUAUCUGCAUUAUAGAUGAUUCACCUGAACCCAAAAAGUGCUAUAACUCUAUGGAGUUGGAUUCUUCUAGCGGUGGCGAAGACACAGGUUUAAGAAUUCUAAAGAAAAAGGAUAAAAGAUCUGCACAAUCCAGUUUGGGAAAACGUCCUUCAAAAUCUGCGGACUCUAUGAAUGGUAUCACGCAAGAUCCAGUUUCAUUGAUUUCCAAUAAGAAGCAGUUUCAGACUCCAAAGUUUGAACAUGAGACUCUCAGUUAUGAACAACUACAGGCUCUUGAUGAUUUUGAACUAGCAAAUGUUGUAAUAUUUGGAAACAAGGUUUUCCGUCCAUUGCAGUAUCAGGCUUGUAAAGCAUCUGUGGAAAAGCAGGAUUGUUUCGUUCUCAUGCCAACUGGAGGUGGUAAAAGUCUGUGUUAUCAGGAUUUGAACCUGAGCAUCUGCACUUCUGCUUUGCUACAAAUGCAUGCCAUUUUCUUCAAGCUUCCUGCGACUUUGAAACCUGGUGUUACAGUGGUGAUAUCUCCUCUACUUUCCCUCAUUCAGGAUCAGAUAAUCACAUUGAACCUCAAAUUUGGAAUACCAGCAACUUUUCUGAAUUCUCAACAAACCAGUUAUCAAGCAGCUGCUGUUGUUCAAGAGCUAAGGAAGGAUAAACCAUCGUGUAAGCUCUUAUAUGUGACUCCUGAAAGGAUUGCUGGAAAUGGAUAUUUUUUUGAGAUACUAAAAUGCUUGCAUCAGAAGAGACAACUUGCAGGUUUUGUUGUUGAUGAAGCACACUGUGUGAGCCAAUGGGGGCAUGAUUUCCGACCAGAUUAUAGGGAAUUAAGAUGUCUUAAGCAGAACUUUUCAGAUGUUCCAGUGAUGGCGUUAACUGCCACAGCAACUCAAUCUGUUCGUGAGGACAUUCUUAAAACUUUAAGAAUUCCCCGUGCUCUUGUCCUUGAGACAAGCUUUGAUAGGCCCAACUUGAAAUACGAAGUAAUGGGGAAGAGCAAGGAUCCACUGAAGCAACUUGGACAUCUUCUAAAAGAUUGUUUCAAAGAUCAGAGCGGAAUUGUAUAUUGCCUUUCAAAAAAUGAAUGUGCUGAGGUAUCAAAGUUUCUGAAUGAAAAAUGCAAGAUUAAGACAGUAUAUUACCAUGCUGGUUUGGCAGCUAGUCAAAGAGUUGCUGUUCAGAGAAAAUGGCAUACAGGAGAGGUUCAUAUUGUAUGCGCUACCAUUGCUUUUGGGAUGGGAAUAGACAAACCAGAUGUGCGUUUUGUUGUCCACAACACAAUGUCCAAAUCGAUCGAGAGCUAUUAUCAGGAGUCGGGAAGGGCCGGAAGGGAUAAUCUUCCUGCUGUAUGUAUUUGUUUAUACCAAAAGAAGGAUUUUAGUCGGGUUGUAUGUAUGUUACGGAACGGGCAACGCAAUAAGAAAGAAAGCUUUAAGAAGGCAAUGGCUCAAGCUCAGAAAAUGCAACAGUAUUGUGAACUUAAGGCUGAAUGUCGGAGACAAACCCUGCUUGAGCAUUUUGGAGAGCGUUUUGACCGUAAAGCAUGCAAAUAUGGUUCCAGUCCAUGUGACAAUUGUCUCAAGGCUUCCCUAUGAGCACAUGCCAGUUUGUCUAUACAUGCGGCUGAGGUAUGCCCACCCUUCCCUUAGGGGCCACUGCCCCCUAUUCUCUUUGUUGCCAUUACUUUUUUUUGACACAUGGGCAAAGCACAAGCCACGAGUACUUGAAAUCUACUUGGAAGAUCAAAAGACACUACAACCUAUUUCAUCCAAACCUUGGUUCAACCCAUUAAAAAGCUCAAGUAGCCUGGGAGAUAAAAUGUUUAUUUAAACAUAAACCCAGAUACACAUUUCUUUCGAUCACACCACCUAUAGCAUUCGUGGCAUCUUUUUUUUUUUUUUUGUAUCGAAAUGUUCUGUACUAUAUAUGUAUAUAUAUGAAGUAUUGUUUUCAAGCGGGCUUUAAUUUUCCAGUCUUUUUUUUCCUUGUGGUGGGGAUUAAGAUUUUAAGGAUGAAGAGACAGUGCAUUUUUUUGCUUGGCUGGACUGAUGUAAUGUGUUCAAACUUUGUUUUCUACAUUUUAUCUGAAAUCCAUUAGUGAUAAAAUGUAUGUAAAUAGGGUUUUGUCGCAUCUAAUUACAGUUCAAUUAGAUGGGUCCUCUCUGUCUCUGUCUCUGUCUCUCUCUCUCUCUCUCUCUUUCUCUGCAGAGAAAGUACCCGCUGACACAUGGUUACAGCUUCGGAUCUGAUGAUUACAAUUCUGGCAUAUAAUGCUUGGCAGUCAA